GCUCGUUCGCGACCGACACAUCACUAGCUGAGAGGAAGACAUGGCGUCCAUAGUCCACUCUAGUCCACUUAGUUGGACCAUACAUUUACUCUAGUGGGGCCUGAGAGCUGGUUUUAUUGACGUAAGGGGGAAAAUGGCUCACUCUGCCUGGUCAGAGAAAAUACUCCAGCUCCUCCGCCGAAUGAAUAACUUUUAUUUACCAGGCUCCUGUCGUGCUACGUGCCUCAGGUUUGAGAUAAACGGAGCACAGGUAGGUUGGAUUCCUCCUCGUAUAGCUCCGCUGUUGACCCGGUAUCCAGAUGUGUUCAGUCCUCCGCACGGUGGCGCAGUGUCCCUGCGUCCCAGCCUGGACUCACACCGGACGAGGUCUGAGGCUGUGGACGCUGUCCUGCAAACUAUGAGACAAGAGGGCUCUCUAGACUGCCUUAAAGGAUGGAGAGAUGAGAAGUACAAUGUGAUGUCAAAAUUCUCCGACCCCCCUUUGAUGUCGAUGGAAAGAGCAGCUACAAGUCUUUUUGGGGUGAAGCGGAACGGAGUCCAUAUCAAUGGCUACACUGUCAGUGAAAGUGGUGAGAUGAGCAUGUGGCUGGCACGACGCUCCCCUACUAAGCAGACAUACCCCGGACUACUGGACAAUGUGGCAGCAGGUGGUCUGGCUGCUGGUGUUGGCAUCAAACACACUCUGGUCAAAGAAUGUCAGGAGGAAGCAUGUAUCCCAGCAGCCAUUGCUGAGAAGGCUCAUCCUGUAUCCACAGUAAGCUACACCUACGAGGAUGAAGACGGGGUGUAUCCGGAAAGUCAGUUUGUCUUUGAUUUGGAACUUCCUCCGGAGUUCAAGCCCAGAGUAGGGGAUGGAGAGGUACAAGAGUUCUACCUCCUGCCCAUAGAUAAGGUGAAGGAACUGGUGGCCACUGAUGACUUCAAACCCAACUGUGCCAUGGUGGUCUUGGACUUCCUCAUUAGACACUCGUUCAUUGAUCCAGACACAGAGCCAUGCUAUCAGGAGUUUGUGGCAGGACUCCAUCAGACAAUGUAGAGUGAAGCUGAGGACUGAGCCCACUGUCAGAGGCCAAGACACAUUCACAUUGUUGUUUUUAUUUAUCUCUGCAAAUGACAAAUGUUGGCCUCGCAGAAGCCAAGUGCUGUGUCCUCAGUUUGUGUUUUGAGAGAACAUCCACCAAGACUUGACUGAGCUGUGAAACUGGAGGCUGAAACGGUCAAUGAGCUGAGGGGAGUGGAUCACAUGAUGACGAGUGAACUGAGUGUUGGGUUUGGGACUGAGGUUAUUCCAACAAAAAAAUCUCUCCAUAAAACUGAACAUUAAGUUUUCCAUUGCAGCUCACAUAAAUGAUCCCAUUCCUCCUCUGGUAUACUUUGGUUUCCUUAUGUUUGUAUUCAAAACAUAUUUCUCUAUGAAGACUUUUAGUUGAAUAUUAUAUAAUUAUACCCCUGCGACAACAUAGUCAGGGGUAUAUUGCGCUCCGCGUGUCCGUCCUUCCGUCCGCGUGUCACACUCUAGUUUCCGGAGUAGAACUCGAAAACUAUUUAACUUAGGAACUUCAAAUUUGGUAUGAUGGUUGCCAGUGUGGUCUAGUUGUGCCUUUGGGUGGUUAAAUGUCCAGGGUGUCCAAAAACCGAAAAGACUUUCUCAUCAGAGACCAGCUUAUACUACAAUCCAGCGCUCUAUGAGUAUUUCUAUGCAUGUAUGUAUGUAUGUAUUUAUGUAUGCUUGGGGAGAUCUUGAAUCAUCUUGGCACCGUGUUGGAUUCAUCACAUACUUGGAAUAAACAAACUUGGAUGGAAAGUU